AUGACGAAUAAGUUCGAUUAAAUCCAAAACAUUAAAGUUGGUGAAAAAAUAUUUUAGAAUAAUUAAAUACACUAUUUUUAAGGAAUAAUGAGUGUUAAAGAUGCUAGCAAUAAAAAUAAGGAAAACUACUAUAAAGUAAUAAUAAUUGGAGCUGGCGUUGCUGGAUUGUCAGCUGCAAAUCACCUAAUAUCUAAUGGAAUUACAAAUAUAAAAAUUCUUGAAGCGAGGAAUAGGAUAGGAGGAAGAAUAAUAGCAAUUCCCUUAGAUACGCAACGAGUUGAACUAGGCGCAAACUGGGUGCAUGGAGUGCUUGGAAAUCCAAUAUUUGAAUUAGCCAUGCAACAUAAUCUUAUAAAUCUACAGCAAACAGCUCCACAAAGUAGGAAAGUCAUAGCAUUAACAGACAAUGGCAAGCAAGUUCCAUUUGAGACAUUACAAGAAAUAUACGAAGCCUAUUUGAUAUUUCUGCGACGAUGUGAAGAAUAUUUCUUAUGCACUUAUGCUCCACCAGAGGAUGUCUAUUCCGUUGGUGCACACAUUAAGCUAGAAGUUGAUAUUUAUUUAAAAUCUAUUAGUAACAAAGAAGAAAAAAAUCUGAGAGAGAUGAUUAUAAACUGCUUAUUAAAGCGUGAAACGUGUAUAUCUGGAUGUCAUUCGAUGGACGAAAUAGAUCUUUUAGAAUUGGGAAGCUACACGGAGCUUCAAGGAGGCAAUAUAAUAUUACCAAAUGGCUAUAGCUCUAUAUUAAAUCCACUAAAGGCUACUCUCUCGCCAGAUACAAUACUUACCAACUGUCCUGUGAGAACGAUAAAAUGGAAAAGAAAAAAGGCUCCAGUAACAAGUCCAAGUGGCUUAAAUGAGAUUCCAGAAGAAUCAGAAGAUGGAAAUGAGUCUGACAAGACGAUAACAGAAGAGCCUAAAAGCAUUCAGUAUGAUGGACGCGUGCAAAUUAUUUGUGAUACAAAUGAAGUAUUUUAUGCUGACCAUGUCAUAUGCACUAUUCCCUUGGGAGUAUUAAAACAUAAUCCAAAAAUCUUUGAUCCACCACUGCCUGAAUAUAAGCAGGAAUCAAUUGAUCGUCUUCUUUUUGGAACUGUUAACAAGAUAUUUCUCGAAUAUGAUAGACCGUUUCUAAGUCAAGACGUAAGUGAAAUUAUGCUGCUAUGGGAAGAUGAUAUAUCACAGCAUGAUGAACCAACGGCAGAACAAAUUAAAGAAUUUUGGUAUAAAAAAAUUUACUCAUUCUCCAAAGUCAAUGAUAGAUUAUUAUUAGGAUGGAUUAGUGGAAAGGAAGCUGAAUAUAUGGAAAUGAUAGACGACCAAAUUAUAGCUGACAAAUGCACUGAAUUACUCAAACGGUUCCUUAAAGAUCCCUACAUUCCCGCUCCCAAAAAAUGUGUUAAAACAACUUGGUUUAGUCAGCCGUACACGAAAGGAAGUUACACUUCAAUCGGCAUUGGCGCUUCCCAGGAAGAUAUUGAGAAUAUAGCACAACCACUUUACUCCAAUCCUCAUCAAUCAAAGCCGUCGAUUCUAUUCGCUGGUGAGCAUUGCCACUCAAACUUUUACAGCACAGUUCAUGGUGCAUAUCUUUGUGGCAGGAACACAGCACAAAUUAUUUAUCGACCGGAUUCACCGCAAGAGAUUGUCAUGGAAAAUGAUUCGACAGACUUGAGUGCAUGGAUUCAAGGCAUAUCACUUGAGUGAAUGUCUUUCAUGUGUAUUAAAAAUAUGUCUUCAUAGUUAAGCUGAUAACAGAGUUCAUGCCCAAAACUAAUUAAUUUGGCAAAAGUAAUUUAACAUUUUGAGCGCCUUUAUAUUUUUUACUUAAAAUAUCUAGCAUUUCGUAUAAGUUUUUUGAUCUUCACUGUAUGCUUUUCAUUCGUGCAUUUUAAUCUUCAUCCUCUAGUCUUGAGACAGAAGUUUCAUUUUAUGAUUUAUUUUGCAUACGUAGAGAAUCAAAUUUUUAUUUUUAUGUAGAAUGUUUUUUAUAGAAAGAAAAUGUUAUUUAAUAAUAUUUAACUUAAACUGACAAAAGAAAAUAGCAAAAACAGCAUAAUAAAUUGAUUUUACUAUUAA